AUGAGUGAUAUUAGGAAACUUAAAGAAGGUCCUAUUCUUAGAUAUAAGUCUGGUUUCCUUUCCAAUAAAUGGAAAUUAAAUCAUGCUGUACUUUUUUCUGACUCAAGAUUAGAAAUUUUUGAUGAAAAAGGUGAUUCAAAACCUAAUACUUCCAUUUUAUUAAAAGAUGUUGUACCAUAUAUUUGUGUUGGUCAGAUGGUUGAUAGAAUGCCAAAAAAAAGACCAGAAGUUCCAAAAGGAAAUACUGUUCAUCAUAUGGUUGGAAUUGGUAUGGAUCCCAGAGCAGAUACUGUUCAUUUUAUUAUGUUUGAAAGUGAUUCUGAUAUGGAGGAAUGGUUUAAUCAAAUAACAAAAACAUUACCAAAAGUUGAACAACCUACUGGACCACCACCACCUGGAAUUCAGGGACAAAAUGUACAACCUACUGCUCCACCACCAAAUUAUAAUGCUGGAGGACCUUCAUAUGUACCACCACCAGUUUAUCCAUCUGGACCACCACCAGUAAGACAAGGUAAUUCUGGAGGUUAUGUUCCACAACAAUAUAUAAAUAAUCAACAACCAGCUUCUGGAUAUGGAGGUCAACAAACUGCUUAUAGUGUUCCACAACAACCAGGAACAAAUGUUAUUAUUAUUGAUAGAGAUUCGGGACAAAGAGGUGGUGGUAAUGUUGGUUAUAAUUCUGGAGGUGGUAGUGGUUUUGGAUCAGGUUUUGGAAGUAGUGCUUUAGGAUUUGGUGGAGGAAUGUUAGCAGGAUCUUUACUUGGAUAUGGAUUAGGAAGUAUGUGGGGUGGUCAUCAUUCAUAUGGUGGAGGAUUUGGUGGUGGAUAUGGUAUGGGACCAGGUUAUGGAAUGGGAAGUUAUUAUAGUGAUAAUGAUACUAAUAUAACAAACAACUAUUAUGUUAAUGAUAGUAAUACUACUAAUUAUAAUGAUCCAUCAAAUAGUAAUGCUGUAACAGAUACUAAUAAUGAUUCGUAUGCUGGAAACGAUGAUUAUUAUCAUGGAGGUGCUGAUGACAGUUAUGGUGGUGGAGGAUAUGAUGAUUAUGGUGGUGGAGAUGACUUUGGUGGUGGAGAUGAUUUUGGUGGAGGUGAUGAUUGGUAA